AUGGAUGGGUCCGGAGGAUCGUCGUCGGCGCCGGAGUCGACGCCGACGGCCACCGCGACGACACCCGGGGCUGCCUCCGCCUCGACGACGGUGGUGGGCGGCGGCGCAUCAACUGCGAGUACGGGUGGCGGCAGCGUUAAUGCUUCGACGACUGUGGUUUCCAGGCGGUCGCAUCCCAAGUCCAGGACGGGGUGCAGGACGUGUAAAAAUCGAAAAAUCAAGUGCGACGAACACAAACCCUCAUGCCGGAACUGCAUCAAGCACGCCGUCCCGUGCGACUUUCUGCAAUCUCAACGCCACGGCUCGUCCUCGUCAGUCCCCAGGUCACCGGGUGGCACGCAGACGCCGGGCCCGAGCAACGGCACGCACGGAGGCAUCCCGAGCUUCGGCGGGGGCGGCGGCCUGGACGACCUCUCGCUGAACCUGGUGGACCUGGAGCUCAUGCACAACUUCACGACCUUCGCGUACACGACAUUGUCGACGGACGCCGUCGUGAGGCAGAUGUGGAAGGUGCCCGUUGUCCGCCUCGCGCUGGAGUGCGACUACGUCAUGCGUGCCCUGCUCUCCGUCUCGGCGCUGCACCUCGCGCACCACAGGCCGGAGCGCAGGGACUUCUUCAUCAGUAGGGCCCUGACGUAUCACCAGAUGGCUAGCCGAACGGCCAUGGGCCUGAUGGGUGCUCUGGAUGGCGAAAAUUGCGAGAAGCUUUACCUCUUUUCCGUCCUUACAAUCUUCUUUGCACUCGCGUGCCCUCGCAAAUCCUCAGACUCCCUAAUCAUGGGCGAGUCCUCCUUCCCGGACUGGAUGUUCCUCCUCCGCGGCACGCGCGGUCUCCUCAAGAUCCUCGACCCGCGCUCCUACACGGGUCCCUUACUGCCCAUGUUCACCCACGGCCGCGAGCGCUACAUGCACACGCGCGACGACUCCAAGGUCCAAUCGGACCUCCUCGCCGACCUCCAGCGCCUCGUCAACAAGACCUGUGCGGACCCGGAGCUGCUGCCGACGUACAACCGCGCCAUCGACGAGCUACGGCGCACGCUGAGCAUCUUCCUCUGGGACGGCGGGCGCGGCAUGGACAUCACGGACGCGUUUGUCUGGAAGUACCUCAUGGCGGAGGAAUUUCUUCCGCUCCUCAAGAGCCCCGGGGCCACGCAGGAGGCGGUGGCCAUAUUCUCGCACUUUUGUAUCCUGCUCAAGAGACUGGAGAAUGAGUGGUGGCUGCAAGGGUGGGCCACGCAUCUCAUCUCGAGGGCGUGGGCGCUGCUGGAUCAGGAUCAUCGGUUGUGGAUCCAGUGGCCUAUCGAGGAGCUUGGGUGGGUGCCGCCGUAA